UUCCCCCGCCCGUCGCCAAAGAGGGGGCAGGGCUUCUGGGUCACGGGACGCCCCCGCGUCCCGCGUGGCUGAGUGGUUGCUAAAGCCGUUGGUGGCGUUGUCGCGGGCGAAAAGUGCUCUUGGAGGUAACAACGUGAUGGAAUCUCAGGAGUCAGACCAAAGCUUGUCUCCUCUAGUUGCUGAACAUGAUAAACAUCUGGAAGAAAUGAGUGAACAGUUGCGAUUCUAUCAGGUACAGAUGGGCGAGAUGAGACUGAAGCUUGAACAAGUCAUCAAGGAAAAUGAAAGGCUGCAUGAAGAACUGAAGGAAGCUGUUGAGAAACAGUUAGAAACCCUUCCUCCUAGUACUUUUCUGGGAAGUGAUGUAUUUGCAGAUGAAGACAUAAUAAGAAACCUCCAAGAUCAGUUACAUCUAGCCAAUCAAGAAAAAGAACAAGCACUAGAACUCUGGCAGACAGUAUCACAGGAACUAGAUAGACUCCAGCAGCAGUACCAGGAAUACAUGACUGAAACGCACAUUCACGUGGUUGAAAGGCAAAAGCAAAAAGAUCAGCUGAAUGGCUUUCAACAACUAACUAAGCAACUUCAUUUAGCCAAUGAGAAAACAGAGUUGGCUAACCAGCAAUUCCUGAGAACAGUAACAGAACAGAACGUGGAACUAGAACAGCUACACAAACAACUGAGGCAAACCAAGGUAGAUGUGAGAACAGCAACUGCAAAGGUUGAUGAAAUGACCAAAGUGAUUGAGGAUCUUCAAUCUCAAGUGGAGAGAAAGGAAGAAGAUGUAGUAUCUGCUCGGGAGAGAGAGGAAGCAUCAGACAGACGCUUGCAGCAACUACAGUCUAGCAUAAAACAAUUAGAAACAAGACUUCGUGUAGCCACUCAAGAUGCCAAACAAUUGAAAACAGCAAGAACAGCCCUUGAGAAGCAAGUUAGAGAGCUACAGGCAAAAUGUUCACAUCUCGAAGAAGAGAAAUAUGAUGCUAUCGUAAAAGUCCGAGAUAGCAUGCAGCUCUUAGAGGAAGCUAAUCUACAAAAAAAUCAGGCCUUGCUUGGAGAGAAGCAAAAAGAAGAGGAAAUAGAAAAUAUGAAAGAAGCAGUUUCUCAACUUGUACAAGAUGCUGCUGCGAGAACUAGAAAGGAAGUAGAAGCUGCAAGGAAACAGUACAAUAUACAGAUUUCUCGACUAUCAGAAGAACUUACUGCUCUCCAAAUGGAAUGUGGAGAAAAGCAGAGUCAAACAGAACGGGCUAUUAGAGAGAAGCGAGCAGUGGAAGAAGAACUCGAAAAGAUAUACCGUGAAAACCAAGGAAAUGAAUAUGAUUACAGAAAACUGGAGGAACUGCACCAAAGAUGCCUAAGAGCAGAAAGUGCAAAAGAUGACCUUCAACUGAGUCUGCAGUCAGCACAAAACAAAAUGAAGUGUCUGGAAAUGAACUCUGAGGAAGCGAUAUCUCGUUGCCAGGAAAUGGUUCAUAAGUUGCAAAGCAUUCUGGAUUCCGAAAGAGAAAAGUCUGGUUGUGUCAGUGAACAAAGGCUACGACUACAGCAAGAAAAUGAACAGUUGCGAAAAGAAAUAGAGGACUUGAAGAAAUUUGCCGUGGAGGCACAAAAAAAGGCUAAAUUCAAGAUAAGCACAAUGGAACAUGAGCAUUUAGUGAAAGAGCACGGAUUUGAGGCCCAACUGAAAGAGCUAGAAGAUGCUAACCAAAAUUCCACUGGUGAACUGAGACGUCUUUUGGUAGCUCAGCAAAAAGCAACAAACCGGUGGAAGGAAGAAACAAAGAAGCUGACAGAAACAACAGAGACCAGGAUCAGUAACCUGAAAAGUGAGCUACGUCAACAAAAACUUCACACUCAAGAGCUGCUUUCUCAGCUGGAAAUAGCAACUGAAAAGGUAAUAGAGAAUGAAAAAUUAAUGAUAGAACAUGAAGAAAAAGUCAACAGGCUUCAAAGACGGCUAAGCCAGGCAGAGCAGAGGGCAGCUACUGCAUCUCAACAGCUCAGGAUGAUUGCCAUGCAGAAGAAAAAAUCUGCCUCUGUGAUGGAUCUGGAAAACAUUUAAAAAUAUGCAUUGUUCAUUUACAGCAUUUAAGAGUUGGGAAAACCAUCAGAGAAGCACAGUACUGGAUCACUGAAGUCUAUAGUGCAUCAUGGGGCUUGUGGAAUUUGCAUUAACAUUUUCCUUUCUGUUUGGACAAGGAAGAAUGAAGCUGAACUGUAGCUUCCUCACAGUAAAUACACACAAGAGAUUGGAAUACAACAAAUGAGCACCAAUGUAACAGGGAACAAUUUCAGAAGUUAAUCACCUUCAUUAAUGUAUAAAAUAAAACAAAUUUACUAUAGGGCAGUAUUUCCCAACCAGUGUGCCGUGGCACAAAAGUGUGCUGUCAGAAAUGAACAGGUGUGCCAUGGAAUUUUACCAUGGCAAUGAGCUGCAAUAGGUAUGAGGGUGGGGAAUGCCUUAACAGGUGCACCGUAGAAAUUUAUUUGUUUUUAAUGCAAGCAUGCCUUGGGCUGGAAAAGGUUGGGAAACACUGCUAUAGGGCUUUGGGGAUUCAUUUCAUUUCUCAAAAGCAAGUGCUGCAAUCAUGACAAAGUAUUAAAGAAAUGCCUAGUGCAAAGUCUAAAAACACCUUUAUUCUGUACAUAGUUGUAUUGAAUUUUAUAUGACAGCUUUUCUUAACAUAAUAAACUGAAUUUUCUGAACAAACUCUUGUGCGUGAGAAGGAAUGUGCAGCACCUUCUCUGAAUUAAGUUGAGAAAUCACCUCCUUCAUUUUCAGUUAGUAGGUGCUUAUGGGUGAUAGUUUUGCAUAUCUGUUCUGCCUCCUUUUUGAAGUAUUCAGUAUCUUUAGGUGACUACUUCUGUGCUGUCCAUGGAAAAUAAUAAAACAUGGAUGAUCAUUGAUGAUUUUACCCUUAGUACACAAAGUUCUUACAAACAAAAGUCCUCCCCCAUUGUGCUUAUUCUGUUUUUACUGCUUUAUAGUUGCUCCUUCCCUUUUUUUACCCAGCUUCUUUUCCUUGCAGGCAUAUGUCUGGUAACCAGAGGCAACUGCUCCUAUUUGCAUAGUGCUCGUGAAGCCAGACAGAAGAAUCUACAGCUUUUAUGCACUAACUUGCCAUUUUCUGAGCAUUGUAAUUCCAUAGAGCAAGAGUUCAAAGACUCUCCUAAAGGUGCAGUUUAUCCUUGUUUUUGAGGCUGGCAAAUUUCAUAAUAUUAGUCUAAAACGUAAUUUUUAAGCAAAAAUAGAACUUAUUUUUUCUGUGAACAUAUAUUCUUUGAGCACAUAUCUUUCAGAUAUUGGACGGUUCUCAUCUUUGGCUAAAGUAACAUUUUUAAUUUCUUACAUAUUUAUUGGAAGAUGUUCCUAGCCAUGAUUAUACUCUUUUUCCCUAUUUUAUGUCAAUUGUAGUGUUGACUUGAACUUUCAUUAUUUUUAGAUUAAUAAUUCAGCCAUGCUUAAUCCCACAGGUCUGUGGCAGUGUUUUUAGCUGCUUGCACCUUUGGGACAGAAUCUGAUACCUUUGGGACAGGGACAGGAGUCUACACGAGAUGUCUACUGUGCAGUUGACUAAUUAGCUGCACAGUAAAUGUCUCAGUGUCUACAUAUGUGCCCCUGUUAGGUUAGAGUUAACUAAUUUACUCCACAGCAGGAUAGUACUUCUAAAUAUUGUACUUGUAAAUACAAGUACUAUCCUGCUGCAGAGUAAAAAAAAACUCAGUAUCUGCGCAUGUGUAGAUGCUAGAGGGGCUGGUUGUGGCAUGAGUGCGCUUCAGUGCCUGCCAGCUAACCCUGUGCUGAAGCACCCUCAUACUCCAGUCAACUCCUGCAGCACACUUACCCCCUGCCAGCUGGGGCUGCUCCAACUCAGCUCAUCAUGCUGUACUCCUGGGCACACAUUCAAACAGCAACAAAUUCCAGAGUUUCCUGCACUGAAGUUUAUUGCUCCCAGGCACGUGUUCAAAUGGUGCACCCAGAAACAAUAAACUCUGGAGUUUGUUGCUUUGCAUUAAUUGCACUUGUAGACAUGGACACUGAUACCUGCCUCCCUCUGAAGAGCCCGUUAAGAACAUUUCUACAACUAAGGAUAAUUCUUCUCACUAAGUAACUUAAGGAAGAAACCUCACUUAACUCAAGAAAAUGUAAUAACCACUGUAACAGCAUGCUUUUACCCCCCAGACAUUGUCGGCUUGAUGUAUGCCAUUUUGGAUCACGGUUUAUAACAGAAUACUUGCCCAAGUGGAGAGGCUGGAUCAUUAAACCUUAUUACUCAAACAUGG